AUGACGGUCGACGACACGCUCUCCUUCCCCCGCAUCCUGUGCCUCCACGGCGGCGGCGUCAACGGCACCGUGUUCCGGCUCCAGUGCCGCGCCAUCAUCGCCCAGCUCGGCCACCGGUUCCGCUUCGUCUUCAUGGACGCGCCCUACACGUCCCGCCCGCACCGCGACAUCGUGACCGUCUACGGCGAGUUCGCCCCUUUCUACCGCUGGCUGGCCUGGAGCCGCGAGGAGCCGGGCCUGCCGCCGUCGGCGCGCCCGGGCGACAUCAUGGACGCGUGCCUGUCCGCCAUGCAACGCGACGCGGGCGACGGGCCCUGGGCGGCGGUGCUGGGCUUCUCGCAGGGCGUCAAGUUCGCCGUGCUCAUGGCCGGCAGCGCCCCGAUCCUGCACCUCGACCUGCGCCUGCCGCCGCCGCCGCCGCACGUCGCCAGCCCCUCCGCCUUCAGCACCGACUUUGACGACUACCCCGACGGCCCCUCGCGCGGCCACCACGUCCUGCGCCUGCCCACCCUGCACGUCCACGGCCUGCAGGACCCGGGCAUCGACAGGCACAGGUGCCUGCUCCAGAGGUACUGCGCGCCCGGCACCGCGCGCCUCGUCGAGUGGGAUGCCGGCCAUCGACUGCCCGUCAAGACGGCCGAUGUCAGGGCCGUCGUCGCCGAGGUGCUGGACCUGGCGCGGGAGACGGGCGCAAUUCCACCAGACACCUCAUAG